UUUCUAUUUUCUACAAUGUAUACACCAAGAUUUCCCAAAUCUGUCAAAGAAAAUAUUAAACCGCGCGGAGUUUUGGUUCGUGAAAUUAAUUCUUUAAAUAAUGAAUGGAGAGAAGCAUCUUCUUCUAAUGAAAGUCAAAUUACUUCAAUUUUAAAAUUUCGUGACCAAGUGAAGCAAAUUUCUAAAGAAGAAUUGAAGAAACAACUUGAUGAUCGUUUUUAUCGUUUGACCAAAGCCGAUAUCGUAUUUGAAGAUGAUAAGAUGGAGACAUGAAAAAAUGGAGAUGGAGAUGGAGAUUUUUUUAAUCUCAAGGAACUUGAUGUCACUGGUUUUCUGUUUCGAACCGACAACCUUUAUUCAAUAUGUA